CGUAAAGUUAAGCUUAGAUAUUGGAAUAAUCAGACAUAAUCUGUUUCUUCCAAACUGUUGAUCAACAUCUAUAGUCUACAUGGCAUCUAAUAAAUUAAAUCGUGUUCAUCGAAUCCAUUAAUUUUGCUGUACUUUGAUCUCUUCAUUAAUGUCAAAUCCAUCUACAGGCGCCACGGACGAUUAUUCAACUACUGAACAUUUCAUUACCGCGGCAGUUUUCAUUGGUAUAUAUGUAUCUAUCUUUGUAUACGUAUGGCGUGUAAGGUCUCAAAUACAAAGCAGCAAAGAUGUUUGCACAGACUCUCAGUUUUCAACACUAACCAUGGACAAGUUCCUCGACGACAUGGAAAGGGAGAAACCCAUCACGUUUACCUCCCAGCAGCUAUGGAUUGCGACUGAUAAUUUCGCCAAUUUACUUGGUUCAGGUGGCUUUGGAGCUGUUUAUAAAGGAAUGUUUAGUAAUGGAACCAUGGUGGCUGUCAAAGUCCUGUAUGGAUCUUCUGAUAAAAGGAUAGAAGAACAGUUCAUGGCAGAAGUGAGUACAAUCGGAAGAGUUCACCAUUUUAAUCUGGUUCGACUUUACGGUUUCUGCUUUGAGCAGAACCUUAGAGCUCUUGUUUACGAGUACAUGGAAAAUGGUUCACUUGACAAGUUUUUGUUUGGUGAAGACAAGAAACUAGGAUUCCAGCAGCUUCGGUCCAUCGCAGUAGGCACGGCUAAAGGGAUUGCUUACUUGCACGAAGAAUGCCAACAUCGUAUCAUCCACUACGAUAUAAAACCUGGAAAUGUUCUGUUAGAUGCCAAAUUCUUGCCUAAAGUGGCUGACUUCGGAUUGGCCAAGCUUUGCAACAGAGAAAACACACAUGUAACGAUGACAGGAGGAAGGGGUACUCCUGGAUAUGCAGCACCAGAGCUUUGGGCACCAUUUGCUGUUACACAUAAAUGUGAUGUUUAUAGCUUUGGGAUGCUAUUGUUUGAGAUCAUUGGUAAAAGAAGGAACCUUGCUAGGAAUGUUCCUGAAAGCCAAGAAUGGUUUCCAACAUGGGUAUGGAAAAUGGUUGAGACAGGCAAUUCUGUGGAGCUAAUGAUGGUCUGUGGAUUUGAGGACAAGGAUAAGGAUAAGAUCGAGAGAAUGAUGAAAACAGCUUUGUGGUGCGUUCAACAUCGGCCGGAGUCGAGGCCUUCGAUGAGCAUUGUGGUGAAAAUGUUGGAAGAAGCAUUGGAGAUUCCUACACCUCCAAAUCCAUUUCCAGCAUAUUUGAUGGAGUCUAAUGUUGUCCCUAAUAAUAAUAAUAAUAUUUCAAGUAGCACCACUUGGAACGAUACCUCAUUUGUGUAGCCCUCUUCAAUAGUAGCAAGAUCUACUUUAACAUUAGCAACUCCUAUCAUGAGAAAUAUGUAAUUGAAAUGACCUCCACCUAGUUGGACACACUAGAAGUUUGGAUAAAAGUAUCGUGGAGUUUCCUAUGUUAAGAGUAAGAUUGCAUUU